CACAAAAACGCCCGCAGUAAACGCCCUCCGUUUUUUCCAUUGGAAGACUUUCUCCAUUUCUCUCCAAUCUCCCCAGAAAAAAAAGCCCACCAAGAAUCAACACGUUUUCCACCUAAAAAUAUUUUCUGUUACUUUCACACAGAAGAAUCGAAUUCAAAUACUUCAAUUUUCUGCUCUUCAAUCAGAUUUACGGCUAUUUGAUCAACCAUCAAGAACUUGGGUUCAACCAGCAAACAGAGUUCUUUCUCUUAUGAAGCCUUGGAGCCAUUAAUUGGAGGAGGAAAAAGUUUUUAAUAAGCAGCUGAGAAUCAAUUUCAUUCAUGGAGGCUGGCAGUAGUGGCGGACCUGGCGGUGGUCUUCUGAAUAAGAUCAAGAAAGCUGCUUGUCUCGAUUUUUCUUCGCCAGACACGGGAAAGGGAAAAAUCAAGUCAUCAGGCAGCAAUUGUAAGCUAGCUCAUGGGUUUCACUUGGUUGAAGGACAAUCAGGACACUCCAUGGAAGAUUACCAUGUUGCUGAAUACAGGAAAAGGGGUGGUCAUGUACUCGGACUCUUUGCAAUCUUUGAUGGGCAUCUUGGUGAUCGUGUCCCUAGUUAUUUGAAAGAUAAUCUCUUCAAUAACAUACUUGAACAGCCUAACUUUUGGGAUUACCCUGAGCUUGCUAUUAAAAAUGCUUAUCGCUCCACUGAUGACCUUAUAUUGGAGAAUACCAGACAAUUUGGCCCUGGUGGCUCAACAGCAGUGACGGCUAUUGUCAUUGAUGGAAAAGAUUUAUGGAUAGCAAAUGUAGGAGAUUCAAGAGCUGUUGUGUGCGAGAGAGGUGCUGCCAAUCAAAUUACUGUUGACCAUGAGCCACAUAGUGAACGAAGAAGGAUUGAGAAGAAGGGUGGCUUCGUGACUACUCUUCCUGGAGAUGUGCCUCGAGUGAAUGGCCAACUUGCAGUUGCACGUGCUUUUGGAGAUCAAAAUUUGAAAGCUCAUUUGAGUUCUGAACCAGAUAUACGACAUGUUCCUAUUGAUAGCACAAUAGAGUUUGUCAUAUUGGCAAGUGAUGGCUUAUGGAAGGUCAUGAAGAAUCAAGAGGCAGUGGAUCUGGUGAAAUCCAUCAAGGAUCCUCAAGCAGCUGCUAAGCGUUUGACCAUGGAGGCAUUAGCAAGAAAGAGUAAAGAUGACAUUUCAUGCAUUGUAAUUCGCUUUGGAUGAAAGCUAAGAGACCGGGCAGGAUCUUUUAGCAACUACUCAAAUCACUGCGUGUUGUUACGUUGUUAGCUUCUUUCCAUUUCAGUAAACCAUUUUGAUUGAGAUCUUAGGGUUGAGGGAUAUUUCAUUUGUUUGCAUAGAUAGUACAUAAUAGAAGGUGAGUCAAACUGGCAGUUUUCACUUAGUGUUGUGUUAUUGCACAAGUGCAUACUUCUUUCUAGGGUGGCAUUUUUGCUGUCUUAUCCUGUUAUUUCGAUGUAAAUUUGUUGAUUGUUUGAGGUGAAACUUGCAGUUUGCACUUGUAUGUAUAUGAAUUAGAGGGUAAUGACUUGCAGUUCUUUCUAGUA